AUGUCAGCGAAACAAGAACCACCCCACGAGCCCAGCGCGGCCCUGCCCGCCGAGGCCUGGCGAGCACCGCGUCCCGCCGGCACGCCCGGAGCGAGCCCAGGCGCCGCGGUGCCCUGCGGCCGGGCCCGCGGGAGCGGCGGCGCAGCGCCGGUCCCGGCUGGAGCCCCGCGGAGCCCCGGGCAUGCCGCGCUGCGGGGACGCGCUGCCCGAGAGGCGGUGCCGGCGCCCGGGGAGAAGGGCUCGCCGGGCCCGGGCAGGACGGCAGCUGUCCGUCAGCUGACAGCUGCCAGCGGCCGGCUGGAGCCCGGCUCUGAACGGGCAGCGGCGUCGCCACCGCCGGGCUGCCCCCUCCUCGCCGCGCUCCGCUACGGGCUACGCCUCGCCGCGCCCCGCCGGACCCCGCUCGGCGCUCCAGACGCUGUGAGCGGCCCUGCCCGCCCCCGUCCCCCGGCCCUCCUCACCCGGCCGCCGCCGGCCCCGGGCGCUCGGCCGCCGGCUGCGCCCCCCGGGCGCGGGGCUGCGGGCGCCGCCAUGCCGGGCGCGCCCAGCGGGACCCGCCGCCGCCGGGGGGCGCCGCGGCCGCCAAUGGCGCGCCUGGGCGGGGCGGGGCCCGCCCGCAUAGCGGCCGCCGCCGGCCAAUGGGACGCCGCGGGGGCUCGCGCCUCGGCCAAUCGCGGGAGGCGCCCGCCGCCAAUGGCGCGCGGGCAGAGGGUCCCCGCCGGAGGAGCGCUGCGGCAGGGCGGCGGUGCGCGUGCGCAGAGCGCCCCCCAGGAUCGGCGCGCGGCGGGGGCGCCGCGGGGAGCGGCGCGGCACCGCUCCCCCCUCACGGCCGCUGCCGGGCAGCGCUCCUCCUCCAGUCCCGGCGCCGCUCCCCAGGCACGCCGUGCCACCUCCAGAGCGCUGCGGUGCCUCUGGGCAUGGCCCCGCGUGGCCCCUGCCAGCACUGUACCUGCUGCGAGGCUCCGCAUUGUCACCCCACAGCGCUACACCUCCCGCCAGCUGCGGCGCCUCAGCUCCUGCCCGGCCGCCGCUGCCCUGCAGCGACACGGCAGCGGCCGCCCUCCAGGCGCUGCACCGAGUGCGCUGCACCUCCCUUCAGGUGCUGCACUGCCCGACCGCCGAGCACAGCUCCCAUGGCUUCUCAGCCCUGCCUCGCUCUGCACAGCCCGGCUGCAGCCAGACACAGCAACGCAGCCCUGGGUUUGCUUCCAUCACUGCCUCACGCAGCACCUGUCCCUAAUGCACCGUCCAGCCACUGCCUUCACACUAUCGUCUAGCUUCUGCAAGCCCUUCCAGCACUGCACACCCAGCAAGGUCCUACACAGCCUCUGCAUGGCUCUGCGCCACCUCCCUGGUGUGGCACAGUCUCCACUGGACCACACCAGGCCGGGCGGCAUGGACCUCCCCAGCUGCCCUUCCACUGCGCAGCACAGCUCAGACAGUGAGGCUUCCAUGCGCUUCCCGGCAGAUGUCAAGCUGGAUGUUGCUAGGAGAUAG